GCAACAACACGAAGUGUCCGGCGGGUGAAUCCCGCAGCAGCUGCCUGUUAGUCUGCGGGGAAAAACGCGUUUCUACAGGUUGAACAGCCGAAACUGUCACUAUGGAGGUUUCUGAACAUGACGGCGGAGUCAAGGAGAUUUCAGAGAAACUGGAAAAGUCUUUGUCCAUGGAGACGGAGGACAACAUGGACGCCUACCACAGAUUAAUUCAAGAUGCAAAAGAUGUUUUCAGACAAGGGGACACAAGCAAAGCUCUGGAGUUCUUCAAGUCGGCGUACAACAUUCACCAGAGUCAAAAACUGGAGACCAGGAUAAAGAAAAUUGAAGAACUUAUUGCUCAGAAUGACUCUGAGGAAGAGGAUGAAGAGUUUGUCAACGUCAACAACAGCGGUUUAAUGCUUUUCAAAGACUUAUAUGACAAGCUUUACGACUACCAGCGAGACGGAGUGGCCUUCAUGUACAGUCUGUACAGAGACGGGCGUAAAGGCGGGAUCUUGGCAGAUGACAUGGGCCUCGGUAAAACCAUCCAGGUGAUCUCGUUCCUCUCUGGUAUGUACGAUAAUGAGCUGGUCAAACAUGCGCUGCUGGUCAUGCCUACUUCACUCAUCACAAACUGGACCAAGGAGUUUGCCAAAUGGACUCCCGGCAUGAGGGUCAAGGAGUUCCAUGGUACCAGCAAAGGAGAGAGGACCAGGAACCUGGAGAGAGUUCAGAGGAGAGGUGGCGUCGUCAUCACCACGUACACUAUGCUCAUGAACAACUGGCAGCAGCUGUCAUCGUACCAUGGCAGAGAGUUCACGUGGGACUACAUGAUCCUGGAUGAGGCUCACAAGAUAAAAACCUCAUCCACCAAAACAGCCAAAAGUGCCUCCGCCAUACCUUCGAAACACCGAGUUCUUCUCACGGGUACUCCGGUCCAGAACAACCUGAAAGAAAUGUGGGCCCUCUUUGACUUUGCUUGCCAAGGCACUCUCCUCGGCACAGCUAAAACAUUCAAAACCGAGUAUGAGAACCCCAUCACCCGGGCCCGAGAGAAGGAUGCCACUCCAGGGGAAAAGGUCCUCGGGACCCGGAUGUCUGAGAACCUCAUGGCCAUUAUAAAACCCUACUUCCUCCGCAGGACAAAAGCAGAAGUGCAGAAAAACAAAAUGAGCGGCACACACCAGGGCAACAAGGACGGCCAAGUCCAAAACCCUCAAAAAGACUCUGGAGCCGUCAUGCCCACCCUCACGAGAAAGAACGACCUGAUUGUCUGGACCUACCUGAGCUCUGCUCAGAAAGACAUAUACAGGCAGUUCAUUUCACUGGACCACAUCAAGGAGCUGCUCAUGACCUCUAGGUCACCUCUAGCUGAACUAACCAUCCUCAAAAAGCUGUGCGACCACCCAAGACUGCUCUCUGCUGCAGCCAUAGCCAAGUUAGGCUUGGACGAAAGUACAGCUGAAAGUCAGCAGAGUGACGACACGGAGACAGACGCCCACAGCAUCGCUAACGUCUCUGACGACACCUUAAUAUCCGAAUCUGGGAAGCUCGUCUUUCUGUUUGCUCUUCUUGAAAGGCUCAGAGAAGAAGGCCACCGCACACUCGUCUUUGCUCAUUACAGGAAAGUGCUGGACAUCCUCGAACGCAUCCUGGUCAACAGAGGCUUCAAAGUCAUGAGACUGGACGGCACAAUAACACAGAUCGCAGAGAGGGAGCGGCGCAUCACCAAGUUCCAGACAGACAAACGUUACUCUGUCUUCCUCUUGACCACCCAGGUCGGAGGAGUCGGCAUCACUCUGACGGCGGCAGACCGAGUCGUGAUCUACGAUCCCAGCUGGAACCCGGCAACAGACGCCCAGGCUGUUGACAGGGCGUACCGCAUCGGCCAGACGGAAAACGUCGUCAUCUACAGGCUGAUCACCUGCGGCACGGUGGAGGAGAAAAUCUACAGGCGGCAGGUUUUCAAAGACUCCCUCAUCAGACAGAAUACCGGAGAUAAAAAGAACCCUUUUCGGUACUUCAGCAAGCAGGAGCUGAAGGAGCUCUUCACUCUGGAGGACACUCGGUCCUCGUCCACCCAGCUGCAGCUUCAGGCCCUGCACUCCAGACACCGACGAACAGACCCCGAACUGGACGAGCACAUCGCCCACCUCCACGCCAUGGAGAUGUUUGGCAUCUCUGACCACGACCUCAUGUUUUCCCUCGACGUCAACCAUGACGAGGCCCCGGAGGACCAAGAGGCGCACCACUACAUCGAGGGGAGGGUCCAGAAGGCCCAGGAGCUGAUGAAGGCCGAGUCAGAGUUGCAGAUGCAGUUAACAGAGAACAUGGCGUCGAGCACAGAACCAGCCUGGCUCAGACAACCAGUGGACAACAACAGAGAGCGGUCUCGUGAGAAAAAACCAAGAAACCCAAGACCAAGUCCUUCCUAUCCACAGCAUGACAGCAACUUUAACAGGUCACCGGUGGUGGUAGAUUUAGACCAGUCCAGUUCUGGCAUGGAGGGCGGCCAACAGAAUCUGAGUGACCACGUUAUUGACCUAACUGCAGAUGAGAGUAACUCAGAAGAACAACCUGCUGCAGGAGUAAGCCAAGACGAGCUCCCAGAGCUGAACCUGGAUUCCCGGAAACUUCAGUCUGUCAAGCAGGAAAGGAGUUCCUUAGGAGUAGCAGACGCCUCUCCUCAGGACGGGACUGAGGAGUCUUUGGUGACGUCGGAGCCCACUGAUGCUGCAGUACAAGAACUAAUAGAUGAGUCUCAAACGUCUGCAGAUGCUUCAGUACAAGAACUAUUAGAUGAGUCUCAAACGUCUGAGGCCGCAGAUGCUUCAGUACAAGAACCAAUAGAUGAGUCUCAAACGUCUGCAGAUGCUUCAGUACAAGAACUAUUAGAUGAGUCUCAAACGUCUGAGGCCGCAGAUGCUUCAGUACAAGAACUAAUAGAUGAGUCUCAAACGUCUGCAGAUGCUUCAGUACAAGAACUAUUAGAUGAGUCUCAAACGUCUGAGGCCGCAGAUGCUUCAGUACAAGAACCAUUAGAUGAGUCUCAAACGUCUGAGGCCGCAGAUGCUUCAGUACAAGAACCAAUAGAUGAGUCUCAAACGUCUGAGGCCGCAGAUGCUUCAGUACAAGAACCAAUAGAUGAGUCUCAAAUGUCUGCAGCUGCAGAUGCUGCAGCUGGUGACGGCAGCCAGUCCUACGUUACAGCAGAUGAUGAAGAUGAACAACAGCUAAACGGAACUUCACACUCAACAAACAACUCCAUGAUGGACUUUGGGCCGGCUCGUGUCACCCCCCUGCAGAACAAAAGACUUUCUGUCCUGCAUGCAUCUAAUUCAAGCUUCAAAGGAGACACGUCGCACCGAGUCAGCGGCGCAGGGCUUGAAUCCUUUGAGGGCAACUUCAACUUACAGCUUGAGUACAGCGACGUGUCCUCAGAAGGUGAAGUCCUGGAUCAUCAGGAGACCGAAGCAGAGGAGAGGAAGCUGCUGUCACAGCUGCAGAUGGACGGGAGUUUUGACGUGAAUAAAUCCCUUUCUGAGAGACAACACAGAGAAGCACUUGGACAAAGCCUCAACGUGUCUGCCUCUGAAAUGGACGAGUCGCUGAAUGAAUCCUUUGUGGCUACGAAGAAGAAAAGAGCUGCAGUGAUUUACGACAGUGAUGAAGACGAAGAAGAAGAGAAACUGGACAACCCCUUCCAGGUUCUUGGAGCCUCCACCCCUCUCCGGAGGAGAAAGAGCGUUGGAGGAAACACCUCAGUGGCCUCAAACCGGUCUCUCAUCCAGUCCAUCGUCGACGACAUGGAUGAUGAGGAUGAAGGUGAUGAAGAUGACAUUUCUGACGAGGCUGAAGAGGACGACAUCAUUGGUUCAACUAAUGAGCUUCAGCUGGAGGAGACCACUGGAGAGACCUUAAACACAGAAGGGGAGGAGGAGGAGGAGGAUUGCUCUGAGUCUGCAGAUGGCGUCGAUGCUUCGGCAGAGGAAAUGUGCAGUAACCUGGAGGAAUCAGCCAGCGAGCCCGAGCUCGCCUCCUCCGAGAGAAUGGAUCAGUGCACCGUUGAUGCAGGAGUCGAGACCAACGGGAUGAAGGACGUCGCCGAGGACGAGAGCUACGACUCCCUGGUGAGCAGAGGGAGGGAGGUCUACAGCGAGGGGAAGCUGGAAGACGCUCUGGGCUUCUUCCUGAGCGCCAUCGACAUCAAACCUGGAGAUCCUGAGAUCCAGCUCAUGACCAUCCAGCUGUACCGGCAGCUGAGCCAGAGACGUUAACAACCUACCAGCCGGCCAAGACUGUUAACAAUCAGGGCCACGCUGGCUGUUCGACAAAUCCUAUGUGUUAGUCUGUCCCUCUAUACUGUCUGACUUCCUGUCUGUGGCUCUCAGAUCCAAGCACAUUUGGUUCUUAAUGAAGACUUUAAUCUGUAUGACUUUUCAUGGCAAUCCAUCCAAUAAACGUUGAGACAUUUCAGACCUCA